GGGCGGCCGCCUUACGCGCUUCGCUUUGCUUGACCGCAGGAGUCUUUGCCAAAACGACGUCCGAGGCGGAACAUCAUCACACUGCUCCGUGGCUCGCCCUUACCACAGAGGGUUCCACGCUGUCACGCUGGUGGUCCUGCAGCACACACAGCACCAACUUUAGCAGCAGCAGUCUCGUAAUCUGCUGGUGCCACCCUCCGUUUUCGUCCCGGACACGAAAAGUGGCGGCAGAAGUAGUGGUGCAGGUUUAAUCGACGAGAUUGUUGGUUAGAAUCGAGUUACUGGCUGCUGACGGUGGCGGUGCCUCGUAGUAAGUGGAGUCAGUGCCAUUCAUACGGAUUAAAACCCCACUAGUGGGGGAGCGAGCGAGACAGAGAGAGAAAGUGCGUGUGAACGAGUGGCCAAUCUGGUUAACGAGUGACACUACACACCGACGUUCCCACUUACCAAAGGCAGAGCUGUGAGGAUGCAGCUCGGCGCGUACGAGACCGGUACCGUUUGAACACCGUCGAUGCCCCUGUGCAUCACACCAUCGGAACCACCAGCGGCACAUUCGAGUUCGAUUCGGUGCUUCGUCAGCAUCGACCAAAAUCGAAGGCAACGACUCUGCCUGAGGCUUGCAUCUUUCCUGCUUCAACAAGGAACUGGUUCUGACCCGGACGAGCUAACGCAACGCAACAGCCGCAGCAGCAGCAUCUGGCCGUGCUUGGCCUCAAGCGAUCGACACAGAUCGUGCGCCCGAAAUAUGUGAUACAUUGUAGUGUAGGCGAGCGAGGUGGUGUUUCAGUUGUGGUGCUCAUCGUGUCAGUGACAACACUAGACGUCGAUCUAGUGUCGAUCCUACCAAGGAUCAAUCAAUCGAAUCGACGACGACGCCCCGCGUGGCACAGCUCAGGAGCACAAAAGUGAGAAACCAAAGGCGUGUUGCGUUGUGGUUUGGUUUCGAUUGUUUUUUUUCAUUGUUAAGCAAGAGUACGGGAGCACGAAAAAGAGAUACAGUGAGUGGAAGAUCGUUAAACACGACAGAGAAAGUGAAGAAUAUUCCCGAGAAAAGAAAACCCCUUCGAAAGAGCUACCAGAGGGACACGCGGUGUGUUCACAGUGCGUACCACCAUUAACGCUGCCGCUGCUCAUCCCUGCUGUCCGCUUCCCACAUCCGGCUUUCUGUGUUUCCAUUCUGUGGUGGCUUAGUGUGACCAGAGCGUGUGUGCCGUGUGCUUGGUGUUUGGUGUCCUUCUGGAAAGCUUUCCGCUUCCCUGUUUCCCUCUUUUUUUGUGAGUUUGUGCUUGUGUGCGUUUGUUGCACCGGUUCUAUGAAAUGCUGAGAAAGUGUUUUUAAUUCACCGCAAAACAUCAAAUUGAAAUCGACGACUCCAUCAUUGGAUUAGUGCUCGAUAGGAGUAGCGUGUUAACAGAUCGGCGACCACAGAGGCAGAGUGCCACAAACGAAUCCUUAAAACGACAACAGCAACCCCUGGAAACAACGACAACAACAACAACGACGACGUCGUGUUGGCGACGGUUUCUGCAUCCGGUGACAACCGACGAAAGAAGCAUCAGCAGCAGCAGCAGCUCCGGCAGAGCGAGUAUCGAGCAGCAGCUGAUCCGGCAUUUGUUCGGUGCCGAUCAGCCAACCAUCAUCGUCACAGUGACAGCGAUCGUUAUUGGACUUCUGAUAGAGUUACGAUUACAUGAAGCUUGGUCACUCUACGUCUGGUGGUGGAUCAUUCUGAUCAGAAACUGCCUCACUUCCAUGACAACGCCGGGCGAUCCGUCAGCGACGACUGCACCUGACAGACCGUGCGGCAUCACCGCACUGCUCCCGAUCGGUAUGUCAUGCCGGGGCCGCGCCGAGGCCUUCGCCCGGAGCCUUCAGUCACGCCUACGGAAUCUUGGUUCGCAGGGCAGCACCGGUGACGAUGAGGAUACGGCGGACGGUAGUGGACUUACGGCGAACGAACAGCAAAAUCAUAGCGACGAAAACACGUGGCUAUCGGCGGCCGCCAACGAUGAACAGAGCAACACGGUCGUAACGAGCCUACAGCCGCUCCGUAUUGUCGCGCACGAGGCGGACUCCUUUUUCGACUUUGGCCUGGAACCGGAAAGCCCUAGCUCACCGAUCGAAGAAUGCGAGUACACGCGACUGAUCGAGACGGCAUCGGCCACACCGACCGGAUUGCCUUCCGGGCACGCUUCAACGGUGGACGCUGAUCCGAUAACACAGCAAGCACCCGAAUCCGGUUACGUCUGUUCAUCGCCCUGCUCGACACCGCAUGGAUCGGCCGCCAGUAGUCACAGUAGCUCCUCCGAUUGUCAGUUUUACGAUCCCGAUAGUUCCGAUCCGGAGCAGCAGCGCUCGGCUGGUGGCUGCGUGUACUACGAUUGUGCCGUUCCGAUCCCUGACUGUUCCUCUCUGGCACAGGCCACUACCUCAGCCGUGGCAAGCUCAGCCGGCAUGUCCGGAGUAAUACCGGAGAGUGCGAGCGCUGCACCGAAGCUCGAAAUAACGUCAACUACCUCAGCGGAGAGCAUUAGCAAUCCCUUCGCUAGUCACACUACGAUCGCGCACACGGCCAACGGACACAUAGCGACCGGUUAUGCGGCCAGCAGCACGAUCGACAGUGACAGCUGCUCGGAGUCACUGCCUCCGUCGCAAUCGACCGAAUCCAACAUCUCGACCUUCACCGGAAUCAGCUCACCCAGCUCGAACAGCACCCUGCAGGACGUUACGAUGGAACCACUGGACGAUGGUGCCACCCAACCGGAACGAGAAGCUGAUAGUAGCUGUCCCGUUGGUAUGGACGUUCCGGAUUGUGCAACGCGGCAUGCCAUCGGAAACGGACACGCCAUUAUGCCACGUGGUACGGUGAUCAAUACCGACACCGAGAUCGGACUGAUGGCGUACGGGUUACAGUACGCGGCAGAUGUCGCCCAGCAGCGUAAGACGAUGGACAAUGGAACCGAUCAGGGCGACCGGGAACAUCAUCUCCGUCCCUGUGCCGAGAUCCAGAUAGCGGAAGUGGAAAAGAUCCUGCACGAUUGCACCGUCAGUGAGAAGGAGCGAGUGAAUGACGAGAAUGACGAGUCUAGGAAGCCGCGCGAGCGCCGAGCGACCCUUUCGUCUGGUGAUGAAGAUGAGGAAGAAACGAAACCACAGCGCAUCCGAAGAUGCUCCUCGCUGAAGACGGGCAAAACGCCUCCGGGGACACCGGGCCGUAAGAAGAUAGUUCGGUUCGCGGACGUACUCGGGCUCGAUUUGACGGAUGUGCGAACGUUCAUGGAUGAGGUGCCCAAGGUGCCACAGUCGGCGUAUGAGGAUCUCACGAUCGCACAAGCGACGGAACAACCGAUGCCGGAGAUCAUCAGUCUUGGGCCGAAGGUGGACCGUGUGUUGGUGCCGCUUUUUCAGCAACCCGGUGCUCUGCCUUGCUUUCUCGAUCGUGUCCGCGAGAAGCAGGUGAACCUGGAGAAUGCGGCUGUCACCGAUCCGAUCACGCUGACCAUCACUGGGACAGUGCGCGUCCGGAAUCUUGACUUCCACAAAUCGGUCUAUGUGCGCUACACGCUGGACAACUGGCGCAGCUACUCGGAUCUGCAGGCCACGUAUGCGGAGAAUUCGUGCGAUGGUUUCUCGGACAAGUUCACGUUCACGCUGCACGGCAAUUCGGUGCAGGUGGGCCAGCGCAUCGAGAUGGCGAUCCGGUUUCACUGCCGGGGUGAACAGUUCUGGGACAGCAACUACGAUACGAACUACGUCUUCCAGUGUUUGCCGAUCACGCAGCAGAUACCGAUGCGACCGAGCGUCCCACUUCCACCCUCGAUUCCCGCUGCUCACAAUCCCCUCAGUCCCGACGGUGCCUGGUGCAGCAGUUUCUACUGAGCGGCCAUCGCACGGUGGCACGACAGCAAAAUGGGUUGUUCGAUUUGACUGACCGGAUCCGAAGCCCGAGAAAAUCCACGCUGACUCCACAAACCAAACCAAAUACACAUUGGUAGAGGAAGAGGAAAAGCCACUUCUUCCGAGGGCUCUACCGAGCUGAACCGAUCGAUGGUUCAGCGAUCGUCUAGGGGCCGUAGUAUUAUUGGAAAGCUUAAUUCGAUCACCUGCCUCGUCCGGAUGAUUACGCAUCGGCAGGACUUCUUGCGUUUCGGUUGUUGCUGAUAAAAUACUGCAACAAACUCAGACGAGGACAGUGGAAAAUGAGGACAGCGUGACCCGAACACGGACACGGACACGGACAAGGACACACAGAAACACACACUCUCAACAUGGAACUAUUAGUAGUGCAGUACUAAUGGACUAAUCUAAUGGACGUACUAAAGCCGCGCUGUAUAGCAAUAGAUGGGUUGAUCCAUGAAAGGGUUGGGUGCAGCUUUAGUAGGCUAGAACCACAACCAGUGUAGUGUGUAAAGAGCGACACUAACAGUUAGUGAGAUUAUGAACAGUUAUGAACCCAACGCUUGGUUGUAGAACGAUGAAAGCAAAAUAAUUGUUAUGUUUGUGCAAAGUAUAUUCGAACACUGUAAAAGAUAAGUAGGCUUUGAAGGAAUUAGCGAAAGAAAGAACGAGAGAGAGAAAAGGAAAGCGUGUAGGGGAAAGAGAGAUAUGCACGAUACUAGAUUUGUAAAGCAUGAAAUGUCGAGUUAAAGUAAGUUCCAUGACGAAAGAUGGAAGGAUAUAAAAACAUUGCAAAAGAGAAUCAAAGAGAGAGAAUGAGAGAGACCUUUAUGGGUUGUUGGUGCACCUCGAAUCAUGGGACGACUUAGAAAUGGUAACGGUAUGCAAAACCCCCAAAGGUAUAUGCUAUGAAAUGGCAAAUGAUGAGAGGAACGUUCGCUCGAUAGCGACCCAGCAGGAGCUAACUGAUCUAUUCGACGUGCUGGCCAGGCGUUUUAAUAAAUAUUGUGUCUUAUGAUCAUGUAAAAAGCAUACACCCACAAACACACACCAACACACCUAAACCCUCAAACAAACCAAAUCAACCCCAGUUAGAGUUUAAUAUCAUCCCAAAGUUUAGUAGUUUAGCGCGUGUAGAGGCAGAGUGUAGGUACCUAUGAGCAAACGAAUGUUACAAUAAGCCCUCCGCGUCCUGUUCGCGCUACAUCUGCAAUCCCUCUUGUAGAAGCACACAUGACAUGAUGCCGCGGCAACGAAGAGGAUGGGAAUGCAAAACGGUACCAUAGUGCGGCGUGUACCCGGGCAGCAUCAACCAUUUUGGGGUAGUUGAUGCCUACGGCUACGCGACACCACCGGUAGCGCCUGUUGUUCUGUAUAGCAGCCAGUUUUACUCAGUUUAGAGUUGAAUAAAAUGACUAUUAUUUA